CGUUCACCGCCUUUUGAAACACGUGCGUGAAAAAAGCGUUUUUGUUUUUUUUUUAACAUACCGUUAACCUUGUCUUUCAUGGUCAUAAAAUCAGUGUUUUUUUAGCCAUUCUUUGUAAACAGUCAUCUAAUAAUUUAAAAGAAAAAGUUUUUUUUAAAGCGUCCUUAUAUAUAUAAACAACAUAAGUUACAGAAAGACUGGAAUAGCAUGGAAAGUGUCACAACGUACAAGUAAAAUUUUGUGGUGUUUUAUAUUUUAAAAGGAGUGGAUACCAGAAAAAAGAAGAAAACCAUGUCUAGCACUCAUGUGGUAAAACAAUACGAAAUUUUCUGUCUGCAUUUUACGAUAGUUGUGCUAAUUCUAGAUACAUAUUCAGAUUAUAAGGUCGCUAUUCAAUACCUUUUGAAUGGCGAAACCACAAGUUUUAUUUCGAUAAUUUGCCUUAUGCUGAUUUCUUCUCUGAUAAAUGUUUUAAUCAGUAGACAGAUGCAACAACGAGGAGAUGAAGAAUACAAUUCCACAGAUGAUUAUUGUAAAAUAUUGCAUUUAAUAACCAAGAAUAGAUUAUUUCUUGUGAUUGCUAUUCCUUUGAAAUUAGCACCAAUUGUUAAUUAUUGGAAAACUUCAAAAUAUGCUAUAAAAGCGUUAAAAUAUAAAAAAUCUGGAGACGUUAUAAAUGAAAGUCGGUAUCAUAAAAUGAUGCUCAAAAAAUAUCGAGAUGCUUCAUUGCUUAGGGUACUUGAAUGUUACUUGGAUGCUGCACCCCAACAGAUUCUACAACUAACUCUAAUGCUAAAUUCUUAUGAUAAGAUUAAUUUUGAAUUAUUCAGUGAUCAAGUAUUCAGUACUUUCUUGGCAUUUAUAUACAUGGGUGCGUCAAUGGCUGAGUAUAAUAAAGUUAUUCGAUUCGCUCAAGAAGAUAAAUUGAAUAUUGGUGGCAUAGCAGAGAUUUUACAAUUGUUGUGGCACUUUUGCAUAACAGAUAUUUCAGAAAGUACAUUUUGUCCUAAAGAAGAUCAAUGAACAGUCAACAUUCUUAUGAAGGAAUAUUAUAAUUGAUGCGAUUUGCGAAAUAAUUAUUCUGUAUAUAUCGCAGCUGACAAAUAACGUAUUUUGACAGAUUACAUAUUAUAUAGAUAGAUAUUUAUUUUGUAUUUUUCCGAGCAUGCGCAUUAAUAAUUUCGCGUAUCCCUUUAUUUCACCGUCUUUUGUGAAACACGUGCAUGAAAAAACGUCCUUCAAAACAACAUAAGUUAAGUUACAAAGAAAACUAGAAUAGCAUAGAAAGUGUCACAACGCACAAGUAAAAUUUUGUGGUGUUUUAUAUUUUAAGAGAAAUGGAUACCAGAAGAAACAAGAAAAUUUGCAUAAAACAAUUGGACAUUUUCUUUCUGCGUUUUUCGCUAGUUAUGUAAAUUAUAAAUAUGUGUUUCGAUUAUAACAUCGCUAUUCGAUACCUUUUGAAUGGCAAAAUCACAAGUUUCAAUUUACUUUAUCCUAAUUCCUUCUCUGAUAACUGUUUUAGUUAAUAGACGGAUGCAAAAACAAGAUAAAGAAGUGAAGUAGAAUAAAUUCGUUUGUAAUUCGAUUAACUUUAGCUAAUUCAAUUAUAUUAGUUACAUUAUAAAUAUAUAAUCAUGUUCCUUGACAGAAGAAUCCCUGGCUACAAGUGAUGAUUGUUGUAAGAGAUUGAAUUUAAUAAUCAAAAAGGCAUUAUUUUUUAUGAUUGCUAUUCCUUUGAAAUUAGUACCAGUUGUUUAUUAUUGGGAAACUUCAAAGGAUGCAUUAAGAGUGCAUAAAUGUAAGAAAGAUGGGGACGAUGCAGAUGAAAAACGGUAUUAUUCAGAGAUGCUCAGAAAAUAUCAAGAUAUUGUAUUCCUAAGGAUACUUGAAUGUUACUUGGAAGCUGCACCUCAACAAAUUUUGCAACUAAUUCUAAUAUUAAUGUCUUAUAAUAAGUCUGAUAACGAGAUUAAUCUUGAAUGUACUUAUAUAUUAUC